AUGGCAUCAAAGAUCCUGGACAGACUUCGGCGCACACUGUUCAGAGAGGGAGAGAAUCCCUCAGAGGCUGAUGGCGUAGACGAGUUUCCAGAAAGUUCUGAACUCGAAGAUGAGACUGAUUACGUGUCUGCAAAGCUUGGAGGAACACUGUGCUUUGAGAGUGAUGGAGUUCUGGAAUCAGAAGAUGCUGGGGAGGGUUCAGGUCCAGACAGUGACUCAGACGUCUUUGGGGAGUCCAUAGAGACUGGAUGCAGUAGCACAGAAAUAAGUCCCACAGGCCCUUCUAACCUGCUCACCCAUCAGCUCCAAGAGAGCUGGCGCAGUCUACGAACUCGCAGCAUUCCAGAGAAACUCAUCUUUGAGGUGACCGAUGCUAGCGUGGUGCAGGAGAACACCUCAAAAUAUGUGCUUUACACUAUUCAUGUCAUUCAUUCGGGAGUGUUUGACAAAACCCCUGCUGUCAUCACGCGACGCUACACUGACUUCGAACGCCUGCACAGCCGGCUUCGCCGUCGCCAUGCCGACGAGAUGGAGGGCGUGCAUUUCCCCCGCAAGAAACUACGCAAGAACUUUGUGGCCGAGACCAUUGCCAAACGCAGCCGGGCAUUUGAGCAGUACCUCACCCACCUGCACUCUUUACCUGAGCUCAGGCGUGCGCCCACUUUCCUCCAGUUCUUCUACCUUGGUGAUUUGCGGGCGGGGCAGAUGCUGAUGCGUGUGGGAAGAUACCAGGAGGCUCUUGGUUCCCUACUCAACGCUCUGAGGCUUCAGGAGAAGUUGGGUUGCCAUCAGCUGUCUCAGCAGAACCACCUUCAGAGAGUUCAUUGGCUUUUUAACCUGUCAGCUCUGGUCACCUGUUUCCAGGAGUUGGAGCAACUGGGAGAAGCUCAGGAACACUGCGACCGAGCGCUGCAGGAUAUCGCACCCUCACAAGAUGCACUGCAGCAGCAACAGUUCCAUCCUUUACUCAUCCCACUUCUCCAAUCCAAUGUCAGGCUCUCGUGGAAAAUAUCCAAGGACAAACGCAGGUGGGAAGCUUUGCUUCAGGAGAUCCAGGACUCAGGGAUUGACAUAGGUGGUCAACCAAACUUGAAGGAGUACCUUAUAAAAGAAAUUUUGGAGGACAGUGACGGAGAGACCAAGUCUAAGGUUAAAAGUGAUGAUGGCUCACAAGCCUAUUGA